AUGAUCUCCCCGCGGAUUCGAGGCGGGGAGGUGGCCCGAUUCUACACGGUCACCGAGCCCAAGCGCCAUCCUCGGGGAUACACGGUGUAUAAGGUCACCGCGAGGAUUGUUUCACGGAAAACUCCAGAAGAUGUCCAAGAGAUAGUCGUUUGGAAGAGAUACAGUGACUUUAAGAAAUUGCACAAAGAACUCUGGCAGAUUCAUAAGCACUUAUUCAGGCAUACAGAAUUGUUUCCUCCUUUUGCUAAAGCAAUAGUAUUUGGGCGAUUUGAAGAAGGUGUGAUUGAAGAGAGAAGACAGUGCGCAGAAGAUUUGCUUCAGUUUUCUGCCAACAUCCCCAUGCUCUAUAAUAGCAAGCAGCUUGAAGAUUUCUUUAAGGAUGGAGAGGUGCAUGAUGGAUCUGAAUUGAUUGGUCCUGCAGAACCUCUGGUGGACUCUCUGAUAGACAGCUUAUCUACCUGCAGUUUUGAAGUUCGGAAGGAUAUUGGUGUCCUUGAUGAAGUGACACUUAGCCAGACAGAAUAUGGAGGUUUAUCCAGUGACAGUGACUUGAUUUCCUUGACCAUUGAUGCAGAUUCUCUUGUUGAGUUAGAUGAUGGAAUGGCAUCUAACCAGGAUUCCCCCAGCACAUCGCUUGGUCUCAGCUCUGCUUCUGAACAUCCAGUAUUGUCAUCUGCCAUUUUAGAUCAGGAAUGGAUCAAAUCUGAGAAUGAGAGGGAGAGCCGGGGUUUAUUCACUGGGAGCUUGAAGGCCAAGCUUGGCAGAAGAGAUUACUUGGACAAAGCUGGAGAACUGAUAAAGCUGGCCUUGAAGAAGGAGGAAGAGGAAGAUUAUGAAGCUGCAUUUGGCUUUUACAGAAAAGGAGUUGAUCUGCUUUUAGAAGGAGUUCAAGGAGAAUCAAGUCCAACUCGUCGUGAAGCAGUGAAGAGGAAGACUUCAGAAUAUCUGAUGAGAGCAGAAAAAAUUUCCAGUCUUUACUGUAGACCCUCAUCAGAAGAUGCCUCAGUACUUGGCCCUCCAGGAUCACUCAGUUCAAGGCCCUCUUGGAACCUAAGGAGCCCUGCCGAGGAACUGAAGGCCUUUCGAGUCCUUGGGGUGAUUGACAAGGUUUUGCUUGUAAUGGAUACUAGGACACAACAGACAUACAUACUGAAGGGUCUAAGAAAAAGUAGCGAAUGCAGCAGGAAGAGAAAGACCAUCAUCCCCCGCAGUGUGCCCAACAUGGUGGCUUUGCACAAGUACAUCAUCUCAGAGGAAUCGGUCUUCCUUGUGCUGCAUCACGCAGAAGGAGGCAAACUUUGGUCUUACAUUAGUAAAUUCUUGAAUAGGAGCCCCGAAGAAAGCUUUGAAGCCCCUAAAUCCAGAAAAUCCAGCUGUACCAAAAUACAUUUGCAUCAGGCAAGUCCUAGUCCUCAGGAUAUCCGCAAUAGCCUUGGCUCCAGAAGAAGUAACGGGGACAAUGUAUUAAAGGUUUUACCACUGCAGGACAGUCUCACUCCAAGUUUUCAAGAUGGUAGUAGUAACCAAGAAGAAGAUCAGGAAAGUUCCCCUAAAUGGAUUGACUCCGGAUCUAGUUCAGAAGAGGAAUGUACCACAAGUUAUCUAACAUUAUGCAAUGAAUACAGUCAAGAAAAAAUUGACCCUGGUUCAUUAAAUGAGGAAUCUGUCCUGAAACCAGAUGAUAAUGUUCUCAUUACCAAUGAGCAAAGAGUCCUCAAAGUGCAAGAUGAAGCUGCCUCUGGGAACUUGGAAUCUGCAUUCACGUGUCAGGAAAUAAAAGAGUUUGCUGACGAUGUGGAUCCGGAAGCUGCCAAUCCUACUAUGAUAUCAGAAUCAUUAAAUAAAUCCAAGAACAGCCCCAUGGAAUUUUUCAGAAUUGAUAGCAAAGAUAGCACCAGUGACCUUCUGGGGCUUGAUUUUGGAGAUAAACUUCAUAACUUAAAAUCAGAAUCUUUCAAACCGUUUUUUCCUACAUUAGAUCAGGAUAAGAGCCUUGAAGCCAUUGAAAACAGGUUAGGAUUUGCAUCUCAGGACACUAUCAGCAGGGGUUCUAAUGACUCUGUGCCUGUGAUAUCAUUUAAGGAUGUAGCCUUUGAUGAGGUCGGUAGUAUUGAUGAAGGAAGACCUGACCUUUUGGUCAACUUGCCAGGCAUUAUGGAGCAAAUGAAAGAGGCUUCAGUGGAUAGACCAACAAAACUGAUGGAACAGAAUGGAGACAUCUUGGAAAGCAAACUUUUGGAAACUCCCGAUGUCUUGCAAUUGAAUAACAGUGCAGAACAAAGCAGAGAGCUUGAGCAAAAGGUAGAGCAUCUGAGGGAAGGAAAAUCACAAGGACUAUGCAAAGACAAUCAGGAAGCAGUUAGGGCAUCCCAUACAGCUGAUACUGACUCAGUUGGUUUUGGGAACAGGAUGGCCUUUCAAGGACUUGGAGAAGCAUCAUCAUCUUUAGAUAUUUUCAGCAUAAAGGACAAUGUUAUGGUUGCCAGUGCAAACGUAGAUGUUGCAGAAGACAGCUUAGAUGUGGACAGUGAAGCUGUGUUGCUGUUUUCUGAUCAUACUGAAGAAAACUGUCAAGAGGGAACAGUUCCCUCUUUGUCCCACAAAGCAGAAAGCAAAGAGUUGGGUGUGAGGAGCAGAGAAGAGAAUGAAAUACAUCAUUUUUUUCAGGACUUGGAUGAGAGAUUAGCACUAACCUCCAGAUUUUACCUCCCUGAAGGCUGUGUUCAAAGAUGGGCAGCUGAAAUGGUUGUAGCCCUUGAUGCCUUGCAUCGAGAAGGAAUUGUGUGCCGCGAUUUGAACCCAAACAACAUCUUAUUGAAUGAUCGAGGACACAUUCAGCUAACGUAUUUUAGCAGGUGGAGUGAGGUUGAAGAUUCCUGUGACAACGAUGCCAUAGAGAGAAUGUACUGUGCUCCAGAAGUUGGUGUUGUUUUUGAAGAAACAGAGGCCUGCGACUGGUGGAGUUUGGGUGUCCUUCUCUUUGAACUCCUUACUGGAAUGAGUCUCUUGGAGUGCCACCCAGCAGGAAUAAAUACUCAUACCUGUUUAAACUUGCCAGAUCACAUUUCAGAAGAAGCCAGAUCACUCCUUCAACAGCUUUUGCAAUUCAAUUCUGUGGAACGUCUUGGUGCUGGAAUUGCUGGAGUUGAAGACAUCAAAGCACACCCUUUUUUUGCCACCAUUGAUUGGACCGAAUUAGCUAAGUGAAAAACUGUACAAGUUGUCUAUGCUUAGGCUGCAGACUUUUAACAGACAAUGCUCUUGGCUUGCUGCCAUCAUGAAGACUUUAAGGU